AUGAGCCGGCAAUGGAUGUACGAUGAUCGAUGCUCUCCCCAGUUCAUUGAGGGCGUGCAUAUUUUUCUGCUUGCGGUUGAGGCAAACAAGCGGGCGGAUGGUUUUAUGCCUUGUCCAUGUGCUCGCUGUAAGAAUGGUCACAAUUACUCUACGUCAAGAACCAUUCACGUCCACCUGUUUAAGUCCGGUUUCAUGCCCCACUAUAAUGUUUGGACCAAGCACGGAGAAAGAGGGGUUAUGAUGGAAGACAAUGAAGAAGAAGAGGACGACGACAGCUAUCCUGGCCAUGGGUUCCCUGAAUACGAUGAUACAACAAUGGGGCAAGAAGCUGAGCCAGUAAUGCGGGAAGAAGCUGAGCUGGCAAUGCGGGAAGAAGCUGAAGAAGAGGCAUCAUAUGAGCCCGUUGAUGAUCUAGGUCGGGCCAUUGCCGAUGCAAAGAGAAACUGCGCAAGUGAUUUGGAGAAGAAGAAGUUGCAGCGCAUGUUAGAGGAUCACAAAAAAUUGCCGUACCCGAAUUGCGUAGGUGACAAGAAAAAGCUGGGCACCACACUGGAAUUGCUGCAAUGGAAGGCAGAGAAUGGUGUAUCUGACAAGGGAUUUGGAAAGUUGCUGGUAAUGAUAAAGGAUAUGCUUCCAAAGGACAACGAAUUGCCCGAGAGUACGUACGAAGCAAAGAAGGCUGUCUGCCCUCUAUGGUUAGAGGUGCAGAAGAUACAUGCAUGCCCUAAUGAUUGCAUCCUCUACCGCGGUGAGUACGAGGAUUUGAACGCUUGCCCGGUAUGUGGUGCAUUGCGCUAUAAGAUCAGCCGCGAUGACCCUGGUGAUGUCGAGUGCCGGCACCCCAGGAAGAAGAUUCCUGCCAAGGUGAUGUGGUAUGCUCCUAUAAUACCACGGUUGAAACAUAUGUUCCAAAACAAAGAGCAUGCCAAGGUGAUGCGAUGGGACAGAGAAGACCGUAAGAAAGACGGAAAGUUGAGAGUACCCGCUGACGGGAUGGAGUGGAGAAAAAUCGAAAGAAAGUAUGGGAAGGAGUUUGCAGAUGACGCAAGGAGCGUAUGGAAUGUGUACCUGGGACAUCGUCGAUUUCUUCUGAGCAGGCAUCCCGUAAGAAAGAAAGGCAAGCAUUUCAAAGGUGAGGCGGAUCACCCAACGAAGCCUCGCCACCGUACUGGUGCUGAUGUACAUGAUAUGGUCAAGGAUUUGAAGGUGGUCUUUGGAAAGGGUCCUGGUGGACAACCUGUUCCGAAUGACGCUAACGGACGCGCACCCAUGUUGAAGAAGAAAUCUAUAUUUUGGGACCUGCCCUAUUGGAAAGACCUCGAGGUCCGCUCCGCAAUCGACGUGAUGCACGUGACGAAGAAUCUUUGUGUGACCCUGUUUGGCUUCUUAGGCGUGUAUGGGAAGACAAAAGAUACACCUGAGGCACGGGAGGACCAGCAACGUAUGCACGGAAAAGACGGCGCAAAUUUUGAGAUGAACACGGACUCGGAGACCAUCAAGACCUCGUGCAAAGAUAUUCUGCAGAAAAAUUCAAAGAACAGACGCCAUCAGAUCAAGAAGAAGUAUUUUGAUACCGAAACCUGUGUGUCGAACAAGAUGAAUCGAGAAAAAGUCGUGUACAAUCACAGAACUGGUUCCAGGCACUACACAGCACACAUUUUUGCCACUAAAGAAGAGCGUAAGGGUGAGGAGCUGUCUGCGAUUGACUUGUUUAAGGCCACCCACAACAGCAAGAAGCACGGGUUUUCGGAGCCAGUCAAGACUGCUAUACUUGAGAUGGAAAAAAUGAAGGACGCGCCGGUACCAGAAGGUGAAGAGCCAAAGUCUGCUGUUGAAAUUGUCGAACAAGUCCUCAAGACCGAAGUCAAGCAAAGCACAUUCCUCAGGAAUGUUGGGCUCCAGUCAUCUAGGAACAACUCCGGCAAAGCAACAACUGAAGUUGCUGCUCAUGUUCGUGACCUUGAGCAGAAGCUGGAGAGGUCUGAGCUUCAAGCUGAAGUGAUGCAAGAAGAAUUGGCGGCAAUCAAGAUGAAGGCGGAAGAAUCUGAAGCUGCACGCGACAAGGAACUUGAGCUGCUGCGCAAGAAGUCUCAAGAGCAGGAAGAGCAGUUAGCCCACUUGAUGGCUCUCUUUGGAGCUAAGGCAGUUUGA